GGGAAGCAACCGGCAGUCCGCGCGGAGACUCCCUCGGAGCCACACGUGUCUCUCCUGCCCCUCUCUCUCUCUGAGGAUGUGGCUGAAAUGAGACCCAGGAGGAGAGGGCGCCUGGAAGGGACAUGCCCAGCAGCCGAUGUUAUGUGUUUGGGAAAACUUGACUGCAUCUUUGAUAUGAACCUCUGCCUCAGAGUAUGCCAUUAGGAUACUCCCCUCUGUCUUCUCAGAACAUGGAGGAAAAGGGUGAUGAGAAAUAUAACCAAGCUGGCCAAAUAUUUGAAAACUUCGUUCAAGCCUCAACAUGCAAAGGCACAAUUCAAGCCUUUAAUAUCCUCAUCCGUCAUCUUGAAUUAGAUCCAUUGGACAACAGGAACUUUUAUUCAAUGCUCAAAUCAAAAGUGACCAGUUGGAAAGCCAAAGCUUUGUGGAACAAGCUAGAUAAAAGAUCAAGCCAUAAGGAAUAUAAACGUGGAAAAGCUUGUGUGAAUACUAAGUGUUUGAUAGUUGGAGGAGGUCCAUGUGGUUUGCGUACUGCCAUAGAACUUGCCUUUCUUGGAGCCAAAGUUGUUGUGGUGGAGAAGCGUGACACUUUUUCAAGAAACAAUGUGCUUCACCUCUGGCCUUUUACCAUUCAUGACCUUCGCAGCCUGGGAGCAAAAAAAUUUUAUGGAAAGUUCUGUGCAGGAUCCAUUGAUCAUAUUAGUAUUAGGCAGCUUCAACUUAUACUGUUCAAGAUUGCCUUGAUGUUGGGAGUUGAAAUCCAUGUGAAUUUAGAAUUCAUGAAAGUUCUAGAACCUCCUGAAGAUCAAGAGAAUCAAAAAAUAGGUUGGAGGGCUGAAUUUCUCCCAAUGGAUCAUCCUUUGUCAGAAUAUGAAUUUGAUGUCAUUAUUGGUGCUGAUGGCCGCAGGAACACAUUGGAAGGUUUUAGGAGGAAGGAAUUUCGUGGAAAGCUGGCUAUUGCUAUCACUGCCAACUUUAUAAACAGAAAUACAACUGCAGAAGCUAAGGUGGAGGAGAUCAGUGGGGUUGCUUUCAUCUUCAAUCAAAAAUUCUUCCAAGAUCUGAAAGAAGAAACAGGCAUUGACCUGGAGAAUAUUGUUUACUAUAAAGAUAGCACUCAUUAUUUUGUGAUGACUGCAAAAAAACAGAGUCUUCUGGAAAAGGGAGUCAUUAUUAAUGAUUAUAUUGACACAGAAGUACUACUCUGUGCAGAAAAUGUUGACCAAGACAAUCUAUUGUCCUAUGCAAGAGAAGCUGCUGACUUUGCAACUGAUUACCAGUUGCCUGCCUUGGAUUUUGCAAUUAAUCACUAUGGGCAGCCAGAUGUGGCCAUGUUUGAUUUCACUUCCAUGUAUGCCUCUGAAAAUGCUGCAUUGGUACGAGAGAGACACAGACAUCAGCUGCUGGUUGCUCUUGUUGGAGACAGUCUAGUAGAGCCAUUCUGGCCAAUGGGCACGGGUUGUGCAAGAGGUUUCCUGGCUGCAUUUGAUACAGCAUGGAUGGUGAAAAGUUGGGCGCAAGGAAAGCCCCCACUUGAUAUCCUUGCAGAAAGAGAAAGCAUAUAUAGACUGUUACCCCAGACAACACCUGAAAAUAUUACCAAGAACUUUGACCUAUACACCAUUGACCCCACAACACGGUAUCCAAACCUGAACUCUAGCUGUGUUCGUCCACAUCAGGUGAAGCAUUUGUACAUUACAAAUGAGCUACAGCCUUGCCCUCUAGAAAGAUCAACCUCCAUUAGACGAUCAAUUGGUCUUUCAAGACAAGAAUCUGAUGUAAGGCCAAACAAGCUUUUAACCUGGUGUCAGAAACAGACAGAAGGAUACAGGGAUGUUAGUGUAAUGGAUCUCACUAGUUCAUGGAGGAGCGGCCUUGCUUUAUGUGCAAUUAUACAUCACUUCAGACCUGACCUCAUUGAUUUUGAUUCUCUGAAUGAAGACGAUGCCGUCAGAAACAACCAGCUGGCAUUCAACAUUGCUGAACGAGAGUUUGGAAUUCCUCCCGUAAUUACUGGGAAAGAAAUGGUGUCUGCUGGGGAGCCCGAUAAACUCAGUAUGGUCAUGUACCUCUCCAAAUUCUAUGAGCUAUUUAGAGGGACACCUCUCAGAGCAGUCGGUACUCUGGACAAGCAAAAUGGAGAAAGAAAUGAUGCUUGUUCAACAAAAUCAACCAACUAUAUUUUUAAUAAUUACAUCAACUUGACCUUUCCAAGGAAGAGAGUACCUAAAGUAAAAUUUAAACAAAAAUCUAUUCUUUUAUCUGCUCCCAUACAAUUUUUAGAAAUUUUUGGAAAAAGAUUUCAUUCAUUAUUACUAUGUGGAGUUCAUUGGCAAAUAACCCAUGAUGAUGACCAACAGAGUAUAAAUGCUUCCCCGGUAGCUAGCCACCGUCGCAGCACCUCCCACCGCAGGAUGACCAUGCCGAACUCACCCCAAAAUCCCCCACGCUUUGCCCGUCUUUACCGAUUCAACUGGCCGACGGCCCCCAGAACAAAUGUCCCACCACUGUUGUCCAUACGGAGGCAUGAGGUAGUAGAUAAACCAGCUUUGCACCUUUCUCCUGAUUCUCCUGUAAAUCCUCGCUUUGCUAAACCCAAGGAACCAACCUGCAACCCACCACCUCCUCCAAAACGUCAGUUUCAGGCCAUAGCUAGGGCUGACCAUAGGGUCAGAGAGCCUGCUCAGUAUUUGCCUGGAGCUCCUCCAGUGACCAGGCACAUGGCCUGUGCAGAACCAACUGAGCUGAAGUCCAGCCUUUCUGAAACCCUUGCGUCUUCCUGUCCUGCUGCCUUUGCACUGUCUGGUGUCCUUCAGCGCCUUCAACAUGUGGAGGACAAAAUUAAUCAGAAGAGAGCUCAGUCCAUAGCAAAUAGAGAAUUUCAUAAAAAGAGCAUUAAAGAAAAAGCAGCUCAUCUUGCUUCAAUGUUUGGCUAUGUCGACAUCCCAAAGAAUAAACAUCCUACUAAAGAUCUGUCCCAUUCUCAACACCCAUCUCCCUCUUGCCUUCCAUCUCAUGGUUCAGCUGCUUCUUCUUCAUCCAUUGACUCUGCCUCCCCUGCCAUUCAUUCUAAAAAGAUGACAGUAGGGAAGGUGUCACGUGGAAUAGGUGCUGUGGCACAGGUUCUUGUAAAUCUGUACAUGAAUGAUCACAGGCCUACAUCCUUGCAAAUGAACGAAUCAACGGAUGGAGUUGUUGCUGCUGCUUCGUCUUUCCCUCCUUCUUCUUCUGCCUCUCCAGCUUUUCCUUCUACUGUUCAGAGCUGUCAGGGUUCACUGAGAAAAGAAUUUCCCCAGUCAAUAGGUGGGAGUGACAUCUGCUGUUUCUGUAAGAAAAGGGUGUACGUCAUGGAGCGUCUAAGUGCAGAAGGCCACUUCUUCCAUCGAGAAUGCUUCAAAUGUGCCAUAUGUGCUACAACUCUCCGCUUAGCAAUGUAUGCCUUUGAUGCAGAAGAAGAUAAAUUUUAUUGCAAGCUUCAUUUUGCACAAUGUAGAACAAAGAAUACACACAGAAAAAGGAGAGCCAUGCUAAAAACACAUGAAAAUGAGGAAGCAGAAUUGUUCAGGCAAGAAGAACCCAUGUCAGCAGAAACCACCGCAGAAAAUGCUUUUGCUGCCAGUAGCAUCUCAGAGGACCGGUCCCCAGGUAUCCUGCCUUCAUUCUUUAGGAAAACUCUAAGCUGGCCUCUUAAGGUGACAAGGGAUCUGCUUCACCUUCCAAGACAGCUCUCUAACUGGAUGCAUGGUUUCCUGCACACUACCAGACUUCAUUUCAGGGACAAUGCAUACAACUAUACCUACUUGUAUGAACUCUUAAGCUUCAGUAUGCCAUUCCUUUUUGCGCUUCAAGAGUUACCUGCCCAUAUUUACCGGGAAGUGGAGCUGUCAUGCGAGAACGUGCUUGAACUGGUGAAGAAGUUCUUCAGGGAGACAGAGGUAUCCAUUUCACAUUGUCAGUCCAUCAUCUUGUCUACCUCUUAUCGAGAUGAUGGGAUUGUGCAUGAUCUUCAUGCUACAGAUUGCUACAUCUGCCCAAUAGAUGUUCCAGUCUUCCCAAAGAAAUCCAGGAAUAUCCCUGUUUUUGAUUUGAAAGGCAAGUGUCCCUCUGUGUCUUCUGAGUGGGCCUUGGUAAGAGUUAUCCCAGAAGAAGAGAUGACUGAGCACAACCUUCUGGCUGUUCGCGUGAUGGUUACCAGUGAUGGAAGCAGCUCAGAAGUAGAAUCUGAUUUUUAUGGUUAUUCCUCCAUGUCUGAAUUUAAUGAAGGGCCAUUGCCUGAGCUGAGGAGACCACUGUUAUCAAACACAGAUUUGGAGAAGGAGAAAGAAUUCUGUGCAAAGUCCAAAGCUGCAAAUGCUCUGCAACGAGCCUAUAGUCUUCGAGAUUCUUCAACAUCAAAAAAAUACCAGAGCUGGAAGAAGAAAAUUCAAUCAACAUUUCCUCUAUUACACAACAAGAAAAAUGGAUCAUCUUCCAAAGAUAUCUCUAUCAGCUUACAAAACAAUACUCAGGAUGAUUUCAGUGACACAGAGCUGACAUCUCUCAAUGAGAUUCCAGAAAUUGCCAGAGGACAUUUCAAGCCCCACAGCCCAGCAUUUCAAAUAAAAAGAAACACCACAGACACUCCUGGAGAAAUCCCUUCCUAUGUUCCUCAUUUUUCCCUUUACAACUGCAGUGAAGGAUAUACAUUGGCACAUAGCAAAUCAUUUUCUCAGGCUGAUCAGAUUUCAACUCCAUGUUCCCUUCUGAAACUUGGAGUAAAAGACUUUAAUACUCAAGACCAGCAUUCAGGAAACCAAACUGUGAAUAGUGAGCAACUGACCUCAGGGCUCUUUACAAAAAAUUCAGAUACAUCUUCUGUAAACACUGAUGAGGGGGAUAAAACAUCACAGUCCUCCAAGGAACAGCAUGACAGACAUUUAAACAAAGCUAAAAACAAGAUAAUGAGGAGGUUAACUCUUUCAAUGGAGCAGCAGGCCAAGCUGCAAGCUAUGAAUGAUGCUGGGACAAGAGUAGAACAGCAAGGUGAUGGAUUUCCAGAAGAGAAGAACGCUGAUUUUCAUAGAGAUGAGAACAUAUCAAAACAAUCCACUUGUGGUAGAUAUCUUAAGUUCUCAGAUAACCACUUGCCAGCCUUCUGUCUUGAAAAUAAACUUCCGAAGAAUGUGGAUAAUUCUCCCAAAGAACACAUGGCAACCCAGCCUAAAUCACCACUGAGGCUAAUUGCCAAUGCUAUAAAGAAAUCCAUUUUGGAACCUCUCAUUUCUUCUCCAGAAACUCUGAAAAAGGGCCAGGACACAUAUGCCAAAGUUCCUUUGGAAAACACAUUUUUCAAUUUCCCUCAUACUCUUCUUGACUCCGUGAGUCUAGGAAAUGGCAAGAAUCAUGGAGAACCUGAUGUUCCAAAGGAGGGGCUCAGUAUAUCGAAUAAUGCAGGAAAAUGGCAUGGAUUUAGAGGUUCAGAUAUGUCUAAUGUUCCCUGCAGUUCAGAAGAGGCAUACUCACCUGAUGCUUCUCCUGUUUACAGCAUACAAACCAGCCCUUUUAAGAGUCUUCACAAAAAUAAACAUUUUUCUUAUACCAAUGUGGAGGAUGUGCCAACACUCCUAGAAAGGUUUACCCUUAAAGAGAACCUCUGGGCAUCUGCCAAGGAUGAUUGGAAUGCUCAUAAUGAGAAGAACAUUAAGUAUUCAUCUCUAAAGCAGAGAAACAAAAGUGUGGAUGCCUUUUCACAUAAUCCUGUUCAGAGAAAUAAUAUGUGGAACCUGUUUAGUAACUUCAGAAAUAAAUUAGAGGACAAAGUUAAGCCCCCAUCUUCAAUGCCAGCUGUGUCACCCUGUACCAUCUUUGAUGUUGAUGAAGUAUUAAAUAAUUCUUCCAAAGAAGAAAAAAUUGGUUCUGAAAGAAAACAAAUAACUGACUACUCUUCUUCAUCCUCUGAUGGUGAAUUAGAAUACAAGCCUUCACUGUCAUUCAAGACAAAAAGAUCUCUGAGAAGAAACAGAAAGCGGGAAAAGGAAACCAAGCAACUGGUUAAACAAGAAGAACUAAAAAGACUUCAUAAAGCACAGGCUAUCCAGAGACUGCUUGAAGAAGUGGAGGAGAAGCAACGGGCUCUGGAGGUGUAUGGUGUUCAGAUAGAGAGGGAACUACGGGGAGAAGCAGAUUCAAGCACACAGGAUGAAACUCAGCUGCUACAUGAAUGGUUUGAGCUGGUAUUGGAGAAGAAUAAAUUAAUGCGCUAUGAAUCAGAACUGUUGCUCAUAGCCAAAGAGCUGGAAUUAGAAGAUCAUCAAAACUGACUGGACAAGAGCUGAAGCGGAAAAAUGGCCAUUGAUGAUUUGUGAAAAGGAUCUAAGUGAUGACCAUGCAGUGUCGGAUGGAAUGAUAAAAGAAGCAGAAGAGAAUCAAAUUUGCAUCUUCUUUGGAGGAACAGAAGGCAGCAAAAAGAUGAGAGGCACAUUUUCAAAAGUUCAUACAAUCUCAGGAAAAUAAUUUUGAAGAUUAUACCCUAUCUGCCAGGCAACUUUUUUGUCCUUUCAGACAGAUGAACGUUAAAAAAAAAAAAAAAAAAAGGGGGGGGGAGCAAGAUUCUAAUGAAAAGUCUUAUUGUCAAUGAAAGAACUUGGUACUACAACUGCAAAGGGAUGGAAUGGUGUUCCUAUUAAGGUUCAUAAAAAUAACUCCUCAUUCACAUUUGUAUAUGAAGAAACGGUGGCUAAAUUCUCUGUGUGUCUUGUCUGGUAUGCUUCCACUGUGGAAAUGACACCAAGCGUUAAUUAUUUCCCAUCUCCUAGAAUUUUAUUUCUGAGUAUUUUUGAAAGGCAUGGAACUAAACCAUCCCUUUAGGUCCCCCUUCCCAUGAGAUUAUAACCUUUCAGAGGUGGCAAGAAUGGGAUGUGCAUGUUUUAUUUUCAUAUAAGGGGAAACGUCCCAGUUUUUAAAGCACCCAUUGCCAUUAUAUUAACAAUUCAACAUUCAACAAAAUUGUUGUAGUGGUGGAAGACAAAUGUGUGCUUUCAGACUAUAUAUGCAUUUUAUAAAUGUAUUUAUGGAAACAUGUCAGUGCCGUGUUUAACAAAUGUAAUUUAAUGAACAGAAAGCACAGUGAAUUUAAUGAAGCUUUAUUACAGUGGUAAAAACUUGCCAUUUGUAACAACUGUACCUUAAUAGCAAAGGGAUUAUUCUUAGCCAAAUGCAGAAGGAUCAAGUGAUCCUUCUGCAGCUGUAACCAAAGAUGAUGACAAAAUAUGCUGGCAGAAAUAUGUAUUAUGGUGGUAGAUUUUUAUAAGGUAUUUUCACAACAUGAAUUGUACCAGUAUAUAAUCUUUAUUUGUACAUAAAAGUCAGAUUUGUGGUGUUUGUGGCCAAGGAAAAACCCUGACCACAGUGUUUUUGUAUGAUGCCAACAGUAUUCACUAGAGGAGCUGUACAAAGUCAAAUAUAUAUACUGUAGCUGAAGACAAAAAGCCAAAUAAUAAGAUUCAGAGCAAUAACCUGGCAAAGUAGUUCACAUGCACUGAUAUACUUCUACAGGCACUGGAUCUUUUGCACACUAAACUGUUUGCAGGAUUUCAACCCAAUAGGGAAAAGUGAAUCCUGCGGUCUUUGUUUAUCGCUUUACUUUCAGCAAGUUGAACUCAAUUUUGUAUUUGAUUAAAAACAUAUAGGAGGGGCUUGUUUCUACUUCACAUUCUAACUAGCAAGAUAAAUGUUAUGUAACUAUAUGUAAGGUGCUUAAAAGUUCUGCCUCUGACUGAGCAAUAGCAAAUAUGUAAUCAUCCUGAGUCAAACUGCAAUGCUCAAUGGAAGGGUGAAGCACAAACUGGAUUUUUGUAAAAUGCAGCAGUUGGGAAAGUUACUUUCAGAACUAUAACUCCAGGAAUCCUGCAGCCAGUGUGUCCAUUGGGCAAGUUGGCUGGAGAUUUGGGAAGCUAUAGUCCAAAAAUGUGAUCUUUCUAAGCUUUGAAAAGACCUAGGUCAGAACUUUAGGACUGAGAUGAAAUGUGUAAAAGCUGCAGCAAAUCUUGUCUUUUUCCACCUUUGAACAUGAGAUGAGAAUAAAAGUUCAUUUUUAUUUGGGAACAAUGGCGGGAUACAAACCGCUGCUUUGCGGCGCUCCCCCGCCGGCGUCAUUUGCUCUGUGCGGGAG